AUCAUGAGUGGAAGAGGCAAAACCGGCGGAAAGGCUAGAGCAAAGGCCAAGAGUCGCUCUUCCAGAGCAGGACUCCAGUUUCCCGUUGGCCGUGUUCACAGACUUCUCCGCAAGGGUAACUAUGCCCAGCGCGUCGGUGCCGGUGCUCCAGUGUACUUGGCCGCUGUGCUCGAGUAUCUGACCGCUGAGAUCUUGGAGCUGGCUGGAAACGCCGCUCGGGACAACAAGAAGACCCGUAUCAUCCCCCGUCACCUGCAGCUGGCGGUGCGCAACGACGAGGAGUUAAACAAGCUUCUGGGCGGAGUGACCAUCGCUCAGGGAGGUGUGCUGCCCAACAUCCAGGCAGUGCUGCUGCCCAAGAAGACCGAGAAGGCCACCAAAGGCAAAUAAAUCAGUUGAGUUAUUCGUUUCCCCCAAAGGCUCUUUUAAGAGCCACCCAUUCAUUCUUUAAAACUGCAGUUUCAUUAAGAACUCAAUCAUCCCUUCCUGGGCUUAAUUUUUCACAAAUGCCACAAAUGUUCCCCAUAGAUCUCCAGAUACUUCCUUUUUCACUUCUCAGUUCCAAGAUCUGAGCCUUCGUCCUUUUUCAUUAAAACCAGGACAUACUGACAAUCAGUUUAUUGCAGGCCAUAGUUUAUUGCAGGCCAUGCAGUGUUUGGGGAAGUAUUUCAAAUAAAGAGCAAGUUCAAGUAA